ACUCCACACAAUGAAGACGUUCUUGAUCCUCCUCGCGGUCUCCUCUUUGACCCUGGCUGCUAUCAAGAGGGACGUAUCAGGUCACGUCCAAGCCAACGGAGGUGUAGGCGGAGGUCACCAGCAAGGUCACGCACCCCCUCCACCUCAGGUUUACGAUGCUCCGCCUCCUCAGCCUCACUUCGAACCUCCCGUGCAGUUCGACGUGCAGCCACCGCAAUAUGGGUUCCAGCAUUACCAACCCAACUAUGAUCCUGCCUGGAACAUCGGCGUGUACGAGGAAGCCUCCUUGACGACCAACUGGCUGGACAAAGGCUUCGAGAUCCUGGUGGAGGUCGUACCUAUUGCCCUGAGCAUCAUCGUGGUCGUGACUGUGCUGUCGUUCCUGGGACUCAUCCAGAUCCCUCUCCUUAGGGACUUCAGUACCGCCAAGGAGGAGCUAGGGAGAGCGCUGGCCUCGGUGGAUAUCAACCAGGUUGCCGACACUGUGCACCUUGCAAUCGAGAAAUAUCACGAGCUCUUUGGGCAAUAAGUCGGUCUUCGUCUAUGUCCAUUUUCUUUGUAGUUCCUUUUAGUUUUUUUUCUUUCUUUCUUUUUUUUCUUCUCUUCUCAUGGAGUUCUACACUUUCCUCUCUCUACGUCUGUUUCUCUCAACGUGUGAAAUCUGCAACGCUCGUUCCAAUGCCGUUGACGAUGCCAGGUGCCACGAAGCCAGUGACACGAUGCAUGCCUGCCAGCGACGACUAAGUUGCCCGAAAAAAGUUGUCCACAAGAACUGCUUCACCAGUGCCACAGGAAGGGUCAAGAGAGGAAUUCAUAUUUUCUGUUUUUUACUCAUUCAAGAAACAGAUUUAUUAUUAUUAUCAUUAUUAUUAUUAUCAUUAUUAUUAUUAUUAUUAUUAUUAUUAUUAUUAUU